CCACGCCCCGACAGGUCUGGCCGGUCCCGUGGCCGUGACACCGCGCUCAUGGCUGAUCCUYCCCGCGGGUUCCCGGACCCUUUUCCCGUCCCCUCCGGGCUCGGGAUGGUGCUGGAGGGGCUCCAGGCCAAGCUCCGGCGUUGGGGCCGGCAGUUGUGCUGGUCGCUGUUCCUGUUGGUGUACGCGGCAUGGCCGGGCUGUCUCACCCCAUCUCUGCCCUACAGGCUGCUCUUCGGGAUGCUCUACCCGGCCUACGCGUCCUACAAGGCAGUCAAGGCGAAAAACAUYCGGGAAUACGUCCGAUGGAUGAUGUACUGGAUCGUCUUCGCCCUCUUCAUGGCCACMGAGACCUUCACCGACCUCCUCAUCUCCUGGUUCCCCUUCUACUACGAGGUGAAGAUGGCUUUUGUCAUCUGGCUGCUGUCCCCGUACACGCGUGGGGCCAGCCUGCUCUACCGCCGCUUCGUGCACCCCACGCUGAGCCGCAAGGAGAAGGACAUCGAUGCCUUCCUCAUCCGGGCCCGGGAGCGCGGCUACCAGACCGUGCUGCGCUUCGGCAAGCGGGGCCUCAACCUGGCGGCCACCGCCGCGGUCCAGGCGGCCACCAAGAGCCAGGGCGCGCUGGCCGGGCGGCUCCGCAGUUUCAGCAUGCAGGACCUGCGCUCCCUGCCCGAGCAGRACCCCGUGCACUUCCAGGACCCGCUGUACCUGGAGGAGCAGGAGAGCCUCCGCCAGCCCCUGGCCUACGGCAGCGGCCGGCGCUACGAGAGCGACACGGAGGAUGAGGAGAUGUGGUCGGACUCGCAGGUGUCCCCUCCCUCGUCCCCACGCCGCCAUCCCAAACCCCUGUCCCGCAGCCAGAGCCUGCGAUCCCUGAGGAAAAACCCGGCAAAAGAGGGCUCUUCCCGGCUCCUGCGCAGCCGGAUUAGGAGGAAAGCAGCUCAGGAGGAGCAGGACGACUGAAAAUCCUGGGAAACUUCUGCCAGGAGGCUUCGGAGGAGUUUGCUGCUGCAGUGUCAGGAGGGAGCCGAGACUUCUGCAUCCCCCGGGGUGGCUCCUGCAUCCCUUGGGAUCCUCCUGCAUCUCCCGGGGGUGGUUCCUGCAUCUCCCCGGGCGUUUCUGAAUCCCUCGGGAUCCUCCUGCAUCCCCCGAGGGUGGUUCCUGCAUCCUUUGGGGCGGUUCCUGCAUCCCCUGGGGAGGCUCCUGCAUCCCUUGGGAUCCUCCUGC